AUGGAGCCCGGGGCUGCCAGCACGUCCCUGCCCGACCCCUCCGGCGACGGCGACCGCAACGUGCCGCGGAUCUGCGGCGUCUGCGGGGACAGGGCCACCGGCUUCCACUUCAAUGCCAUGACCUGCGAGGGCUGCAAGGGCUUCUUCAGGAGGAGCAUGAAGAGGAAGGCCAUGUUCACCUGCCCCUUCAACGGGGACUGCAAGAUCACCAAGGACAACCGGCGGCACUGCCAGGCGUGCCGGCUCAAGCGCUGCGUGGACAUCGGCAUGAUGAAGGAGUUCAUCCUGACGGACGAGGAGGUGCAGAGGAAGCGGGAGAUGAUCCUGAAGCGCAAGGAGGAGGAGGCGCUCAAGGAGAGCCUGAAGCCCAAGCUCUCGGAGGAGCAGCAGAGGGUCAUCGACAUCCUGCUCGAGGCCCAUCGCAAAACCUACGACCCCACCUACGCCGACUUCUCCAAGUUCCGGCCCCCCGUGAGAAGCCACCCCCCCAACGGGGGGGCAACAAAGUCCUCCUCUCUCCUCACCCAGGACCUGUCGGAGGAGGAUUCCACUGAUCUCUUCGGCUCCGAUGCCUUCAACACAUUCCCAGAGUCCGUGGAGCCCCGGAUGUUUUCCAACCUGGUCCUCUCCGAGGAGAGUGACGAGAGCUCCUCCAUGAACAUCGAGUUCUCCCAGCUCUCCAUGCUCCCACACCUGGCUGACCUGGUCAGCUACAGCAUCCAGAAGGUGAUCGGCUUUGCCAAAAUGAUCCCGGGAUUCAGGGACCUGUCAGCAGAGGACCAGAUUGUCCUGCUGAAGUCCAGUGCCAUCGAGGUGAUCAUGCUGCGCUCCAACCAGUCCUUCACCCUCGAGGACAUGAGCUGGACCUGCGGCAGCAACGACUUCAAGUACAGGGUCAGCGACGUCACCCAAGCUGGCCACAGCAUGGACCUGCUGGAGCCGCUCGUGAAAUUCCAGGUUGGCUUGAAGAAGCUGAACCUUCAUGAGGAAGAGCACGUGCUCCUCAUGGCCAUCUGCAUCCUGUCCCCAGACCGCCCGGGCGUGCAGGACACCUCGCUGGUGGAAUCCCUGCAGGACAGGCUCUCGGAGAUCCUGCAGACCUACAUCCGCUGCCGGCACCCGCCCCCGGGGAGCCGCCUGCUCUACGCCAAGAUGAUCCAGAAGCUGGCGGACCUGCGGAGCCUCAACGAGGAGCACUCGCGGCAGUACCGCUGCCUGUCCUUCCAGCCCGAGCACAGCAUGCAGCUCACGCCGCUCGUGCUCGAGGUCUUCGGCAACGAGAUCUCCUGACUCGGGUGUCCCGAGGAGCUGAGCCAGCCACGGGCAGAAGGGAGAAGCCAACCUGGCUUUUCCCGAGCUCCCGGGCAGGAGUUUUGUACCUUGGGUUUGGUUUCGUGCUCCUGGAAGCCCUGCUUUGUUUGCAGGUUGGCAGGGAUGGACCCGGAUCCGUGUGGUUUCCCCACCAGGAGCAGCUUUCCCUGCUGUCUGUGCAAACCGAUUUAUCCCCUUAUGGAUGUUUUGGGGCUGGG